CUCUACAAGUUUUCUCAACCUUUUGAUGGCAUGGUAGAGUUGGAAGACCUCAAUCUAUCAUAAUUCAAAGCAUAAAACGAAGUCAUUACUGCCCACUCUUGCAAGUACCUAACUUGAUAUAGUAACCAUGGGCUGUUAGUGCUUACAUGCCUAGAGCUCGCGUCGUCACCAUCACUGGCAGUCUGGCAAAUGUUGGUGACUUCUGUCGUAACCAACCAGUCCGGGUACGCGUAUUUAGGUUGCUUUUGCAGGGAUUCAUGAAGCCAGAAUGACGAGGACAACGUCUACAGUCAACACCUUGCCAUCUUAGGCAGGUGGGAUCUCACUGUUGAUCUGAGACGAUUGUAGGCAUGAUAUAAGAAGGGAGACUCAUCUCGUGGUACUAUAACAGAAACCGCGGGAAUCAACUCGAGUGCCAGAGGCUGUUCAACAACUGACACACCUUACCAAAGCCUCGUUGUCUACGGCUCAAUAUGCAGAUCAGAGUGGCUCUGCCCAACGACAUGGUCAACAAAGACCCUGUCGACGAUGGGGCUUCCUACCAUGGAAUCCUCGCCGACCUCCUGAUUCCCGGUCGUGGUGAGCCUCUCAAGAACGGGGCACUGGUGGUGAAAGACUCGACUAUUGAGUGGGUUGGACCACAGAAUGAGAUACCCUCAGAAUAUUCGUCAAUCCGUUUCUCGCGCGUGCCGGUGCUCAUGCCAGGCAUGUGGGAUGCGCACACCCAUUUCGAGGGUGUCGGCGUCGCAAUAGGCAUCAGAGAUAGCAUGAAGCCUUUCUUACCCGGGACAGCCACGCUCAUCGGGGCAGUGAUUGUCGACGACAUGCGCCGGACGCUCAUGGCGGGGUUCACCUCAAUCCGCGAGCUCGGCGGAUAUGGCGGGGACGUUGCACCCGCUAUUGACAUGGGCGCCAUCGUUGGCCCUCAUGUUUACGCGGCCAUGAGCAUACUUAGCAUCACAGGCGGCCAUGGCGAUAUUCAGGAUGUACCCCUCCAGACGGUGCUGGACGCUUGCGCUCAUGGCUCAUCAUCGUCCUUUGUUUGUGACGGCGUGGAUGGCUGUAUCAAAGCUGUGCGGCAGCAGAUUCGCCGAGGCGCCAAGGUGAUCAAGGUCUGCUCGACGGGCGGCACGCUUUCGCUGAACGACCAGCCCGAGGACACGCAGUUCAGCCCGGAGGAGUUGCGAGCCAUGGUGCAGGAAGCGAAGCGAAGCAGCCGAGUGGUAGCCGCUCAUGCCCACGGAAAGCCCGGCAUCAUGGCGGCUCUGGAUGCGGGAGUGAAGAGCAUCGAACAUGGCUCGUACUUGGACGAGGAGGUUGCUGCCAAGAUGAAGGAGAAGGAUGCCAUUUUGGUCCCUACACGCCACAUCGUCGAGGGUCUGAUUGAUGGUGAUGACGACCUCGAUCCGCGUCAAAGAGCUAAGCUGGAGCGUGGCGUGCAGCUGUCGAGAGACAGCAUCAAACUGGCCAUCAAAUUGGGGGUCAAGAUUGCCCUGGGAACAGAUACUUUCAGCAGCGACAGGAACCAUGCGGUCGCUCACGGUAAAAACGCCACGGAACUUCGCUACGCCGUCGAGGCCGGCAUGACUCCUCUGCAGGCCAUAGAAAUGGCGACUGCUACUCCUCCGGAAACCUUGGGUCCUCAGGCUCGAAAGUCAGGCCAGCUCAAGGCUGGUUUUGAUGCCGACUUGAUUGCCAUCUCGUCCAACCCGCUUGAAGACAUUGAGGUCUUGAUAAACCCGGAUAACAUCACCCACGUGUGGAAGGGAGGCGUGGUUUUCAAGUCCCCUCGAUGAAUGUUGGAAGCGAAGUGUUGAUGGGAUGGAAGCUGUGAAGAGAUCAGGAAGUGGUGUGCAAGUCCACGAGGUGACAUCGUGCAAGUGUGCGCACGUGCUUAUCUGCAGCGUUUGGGUGUUUCCGUACUGGGAGGGGGGGGUCUUUCGAUCUGUCCGCGAACGCUCCUUUGACAAUUCGGAAUUUGGUGACCUGUACUUAGAUCCCUCGGCAUUUUCUAAUGUUUAAAUGGACUAACGUUUUAUCUUUGAAAUACUUGGGACCUAAUUGACCGUCAAUUUAUAGC